AGUCUAUAACUUGAAAAAAUGGUGUCACAAAGAUUGUCCUUAACCUUACUUUUUCUCUUGGCAGCAUUAAUCACAGUUGCCAAAGGAAACAACAACAGGAAGCUAUUGACAUCUUACAAAUAUUCUCCUCCUCCAUCUCCGGUGUAUCGUCAUCCUGUGACCCCUCCUACUCCUGUAUAUAGACCUCCGGUUACUCUUCCUCCUCCUACUCCUGUUUAUCGACCUCCGGUUGCUCUUCCUCCUCCUAAACCUCCCGUCGCCUACUUCUACUAUAGGAGAUCUCCACCGCCUCCAAGGCCUAGAUAUGGAAGAGUGUAUCGACCACCUCCUUCCGGCAAACCAUGGUGGUGGUUGUAGUAGCGCGCUCAGGAAAAGAUACUAACUGCCUUUUGUGUAAUUGUAUAUACUCACUAGUGAAUUGUUAUCUAAAAAGAAGUUUGCCUGAAAACAUCAAAAGUGCAUUUGUGUUGUUUUGACUGAUUUGCUUUUAACUUUUUCAUUUAUUCAUUGUA